AUGGACCCUCUGGAUACUCUUCCUUUUCGGUUUCAUUAUGGAGGAGAAUUCUUGAGAAGAGGAAAUAAUGUGUAUUACUUGGGAGAAGAAGUGGAGACUUGCAUUGAAAUGGCAAACAACACUGAGGAAGGAGAUGUAGCAGAGAUAUAUGUUGAAGGACAUGCAGUUGAUGAUGAAGAGAAAGAGGAUGAUGAGGACAACAACUUUGAAGAUGAGAUUGAAGGUGAGCAAGAAGAACAUGAUGACAGUGAGUUUGAAGGUGGAUAUGAGGAACUGACAGAUUCAGGUGAAGAUGUCUUGGUUGCUCAUAAUAAGCAUGAAAGUAGGGAAGAUGUAGAGAAACAGAUCAAAUUUGUAAGGGAGUGGUACAACCCUAGCAAGAUGGACAAGGGGAAGCAGGUGGUUGAUGACCAAGGGAGUCAGCCAGUUGCUAGUCAACAAAAUAUUUCAAGUGUUUUGAAUGAUAAAGAAAAUUUAGAGGACAACAGUGAUAGUGGGUUUUUGCCUGGAGAUGACAAUUCAUCUGAGGAAGAUGAAGAAGUUGUACAGAUUCAAAAGAAGUUCAAGGAAUUCAAGAAGAGCAUGAAUAGUGGACAAGUAGCAAAUCUGGAUGAUGUCAUCUUGGAUAGGCCAAUUUCUGGGCCAACCACUUAUGAGCUUGAUGAUGAUGCAAAUGACACCCCAUAUGCUAACAGCAGUGCAGAGGAUGAGUCAGAGGAGGAAGCAAGUGAGGGGCACUUAGAGACCAAGAAUAACUAUUACCCAAGGUUCAAAAAGAAUGUACCUAGUCCUAGGUUUGUGAUUGGCAUGAAGUUCACUGGGAAAAAGCAGUUCAAGAAAGCAGUUAUCAGGCAAAGUUUGCUAGAGAGGAGGGUGAUCAGGAGGGACAACAAGUUAGUAACUGCUAGUAGGAUUGCAGAGAAGUAUGAGAAGUUUAUAAUGGACAACCCAAUAUGGAGUUUGGAAAGAAUGAGAACCAUAGCUCAAGAGGAGAUGUUUGCUAUGGUAAGCAUCUCAAAACUGAAAAGAGCAAAGGCAAUUGUCAUGCAGAAAGUACUAGAUGGAACCAAAGGCCAGUACCAACUUCUGUACAGAUAUCAGCUUGAAUUGUUGAGAAGUAAUCCUGGCAGCACAGUCAUUGUGAAAAAAGAACUUCAGUUGGAACCACCAGUAUUUUAG